AUGGUCAAGAAAGCACUGCCUACGAUGAGGACCAUACCAGCUCUAUCGGCUUUGGCGUACACCUUCUCCGCCGUCGCUGCAGCGCACAGCUCCUUCUCCCCCCGGCAGGCUCCAAGCGCGGCUCAGAAUGUCACCACCAUCAACAGCCCGUCCGGCGUCACGAUCCGAUACAAGGAGCCGGGGAAACAGGGCAUCUGCGAGACCACACCGGGCGUGAACUCGUACAGCGGCUACAUUGACAUUUCGCCCGACUUCCAUGUGUUUUUCUUCUUCUUCGAGUCAAAGCGGGAUCCGGCCACAGACCCGGUAACGCUGUGGCUGAACGGCGGUCCGGGGUCCGACUCGUUGAUCGGCGCUUUCGAGGAGAUUGGGCCCUGCGAAGUGCUCGAGAACAUGACCACCGUCCUGCGCCAACACUCGUGGUCCGACAUCACGAACCUGCUUUUCUUGUCGCAACCUGUGGGCACCGGCUUCUCGUACAGCGACGAAGAAGUAGGCUACUUGGACCCAACCUACUUGAUUGUCGACGCCACGGCAGGCGGCCCAGGAGAGAAAGAAGGCCGCUGGGCCGUCAUCGAUCCGACCAAGGAAGACAACAGCAGACUCGCCGCCGUCACCGCAUGGGAGCUCGUCCAGGGCUUCUACAGCGCCCUGCCUCAGCUCAACUCCGAGAUCGCGUCCACCGACUUCCACCUCUGGACCGAGUCGUUCGGCGGGCACUGGGGCCCCGCCUUCUUCACGCAUUUCCACGAGCAAAACGAGGCACUCGAUAAAAACACGACAUCAGGGAGAAAGCUCAACAUGAAGUCCCUCGGCAUCGUGAACGGCAUCGUCGACGAGCCGACGCAGACAGAGUACCUCCUCCGCUUCACCCGCGAGAACACGUACGGCCUGCAGCUCAUCAACGACACCGUCUACGCCCACGGCGACUUCGCCCUCAGGCGCCCCGGCGGCUGUCAGGAGAAGCUGAACGACUGCGCCUCCCUGGAUCGCGAGUCGUUGACCCGCCGCGUGAGCUGCUCGGCCGCGCAGUUCAUAUGCCAGGCGGAUGUCGAGGGGCUUUACUACACUUUCGGCCUCGAGGGCCGGGGGACGUAUGACAUUCGCGCUCGCUCCGGCGACGACGUGCCUCCGGACUUCUGGCGAGCCUGGCUGAACACGGCGCCCGUCCAAGCCGCCCUCGGCGUCGACCUGAACUACACUUCGAGCAACCUGAUCUACAACGCCUUCAGCCUCUCCGGAGACUUCGCCGCCCCUUACCUGCCCGACUUGGAGAAGCUUCUGCAGUGGGACGUCCAAGUGUCUCUCGUCUACGGCGACGCCGACUACAUUUGCAACUGGCUGGGCGGCGAGGCGCUCUCGCUCGCCGCGAACUGGACCGGGCGCGACGGCUUCCACGCCGCGGGCUACACGAACCUGAUGGUCGACGGGAAGGCGUACGGCGAGACGAGGCAGUACGGGAAGCUUAGCUUCACUCGCGUGUGGGAUGCAGGCCACGAAGUCCCAUACUUCCAGCCGGCGGCUGCGUUCCAGAUGUUCAACCGCACUUCGCUCGGUUUCGACAUCGCCACGGGGGAGCUGCAGGUCGCGCCGAAUGGCUCGUACGCCACUAAUGGCACCGGCAAGACCACCCACACGACGUCGUUGCCUCCGCUGCCUGCGCAGACCUGA